AUGUCCUAUACAGCAGAAAUAAAAAACACCGGUGCUGCGUUUCCUAGAGGCGCAGGCUCCACCGUCUUACCUACUGAUAGGUUGAAGGUGGCAUAUCGUCGCUACAAAACGUCCCAGCCAAUUCCAGAAGGCAUCGCCAAGGUCAAUUUCAUCUUCGCUCAUGGAACGGGCAUGAACAAGAGCGUGUGGAGCUACCACAUCGAUCAGCUCUAUAAGUUGACCAAAGAUUCUGAUGACUGGAGAGUUGACUCGGUAGUUUCUGUGGACUCAGCAAGCCAUGGAGACUCGAGCCUCUUGAACGAAGGCAAGAUUGGCUGGUCUUUUGACUGGAGAGAUGGUGCAAAGGACUUGAUCAAUGUGGUAAAGCAUGAGAUGGAUUCCACCGGCGACUUUAUUCCUUCUACUACCACCAGAAACGUCCUUGUGGGCCAUUCCAUGGGAGGCUUCAUGGUAUCGUACGCUGGCUUCCUCGAACCUUCUUUGUUUGACUCAUUGAUUUCCAUUGAGCCCGUUCUCUAUUUUGAUCCGAUGUUCAGGGAGUUCUUUCUCCUGAGAGUGAAGAAAUUGGGCAAGAUUCUCAAUGAUGAGUUCCCUUCUCGUGAAGUGGCUCAGGCUUUCUACUCGAAGAGUUUCUACAAUGUCAUGGACAAGCGCGUGUUGAAUGAUUUUGCCAACGACGAGCUUUACGAGAAAAAUGGCAAGUUUUACACCAAAGCGUCUACGAAAGCGCAGUUAGCUACCUACUUGAGCGCAUUGUACUGUAUUACUGUUGGUCAGGAGGCAUUGAAGAAUAUACAGAUUCCAUUUUUGCAUGUGGUGGGGACAAGGGCCAUGUGGAAUCCUCCAGAUGCCGUUGAGUACAUCCGUUCGGCUGUGCCACAGCAAUUUAUCUCAACAGCCGAGAUUGAUGGAGACCAUUUGGCCCAUGGAGAUAAGGUGGAUGAUACUGUGGAUUUGAUCAGAAAGUUUGUUGAUGAUAGGGUUGCGUUUAUUAAGGAGAGGGCCGGGGAGUAUCCAGAAGUCAAGUAUAACAACGAUCGGGCUGCCAUUUUCAAUAAUAAAUGGAAUGAAAUGCUCAAUGGAGACACCGAGAAGGCUGUGUACUUUGGUACGCCCAGACCCAACCUUUAA